AUGAACCGAAUCAAGGCUUCGGUUGCCCCCGUUUGGAACGAGCUCUCCUGGCGUAUACUGUCAGUGGCCUUCUUCGGGUCCAUGGCCUCGACUGGCUUUGGCUUCGAUCAGGGAUGGUGGGGCGGCGCACUCAGCUCUCGUCGAUUCACUGCAGCCUUUGGGCAUUACGAUGCUGCGACCGAGUCCUGGGCCAUGUCGGAGACGCAGCAAUCCAUUGGCACGGGCUUGGGCACAGUCGCUGUCGUUGUUGGUCUCGUCAUUGGAACUCUGCUCAACGAGAGGCUCGGCCGCUGGAGAACACUUCUCAUCCAGCCACUUGUUGCCGUUGUGGGCAUCAUCAUCGAGGCCACUACAUCCAACAGCUAUGCGCAGCUCAUCGUCGGCCGUGUAAUUGUCUAUAUUGCAGGUGGAAUUGCCACCAACGUCGUUCCUGUCUAUCAGGCCGAAUGCUCCACUGGUUCCUUGCGAGGCCUCAUGACGACAACCUACAACGGAGCCUUGAUGCUUGGGGCAUUGGCCUCCAGCCUGGUCUUCUAUCUCAGCCGACAUGUCGACUCCCAGUGGUCGUGGAAGGGGGUUGUUAUAGCUCAACUGGCAAGCCCGAUCCUGUGCUUGAUUGGGCUGUUGGUUCUUCCCGAGUCACCAAGCUGGCUAGUCACUAAAAGAAGACUCGAAGAUGCAGCACAUGCGCUGCAAACUCUGCGAGGACCUUCAUUUGACACGCAACAAGAGAUCAAUCUGCUGCAACGUGCCUUGGACGACAACCACAAGACGAGUGCUACCUCGUACCUGGAAUGCUUCAAAGGCACCAAUCUUAGGCGGACCAUUAUCAUCGUGGGCGUCCAGGUACUGCAACAAGCACUCGGCAUUCCUUUUAUCGCCAACUAUCUCGGUGUCUUCCUUGUACAGAUUGGCUUUACUGAGCCGCUUCUCAUUGUAAUGCUCACUUACGUGAUCGGAGUCGUCGCAAGCCUGGUCACCAUGGUCACGAUCGAUGCUGCUGGUCGUCGGAGCCUCUUGCUCUACUCGGCCACGCUUCUAGCUGCCUUCAUGUUUGUAGUCGCUGGUCUGACACACAAUGGCUCUGCGGGGCUAUCGACUGAUCUGCAAAAGGCUGCAGUUGCGUUGCUUUUGCUAUGGUUUGCCGUAUUUCAAGUCACCUGGGGUCCGAUUGCUUGGAUCGUAACAGCUGAGAUCCCAGGUAGCUUGGUUCGAGAAAAGAGCGUGGCCAUUUCUGCAUUCUCCUCAUACGCUGUGGGGUGCGCCAUCACCUUUGCGAAUCCAUAUGUUAUGGGCGACAUCUCGGGCAAGGUGGGAUUUAUCUAUGGGUCGUUUGCAGUCUUGGCAGUGGCAUUUGUCUUUUUCUGCGUUCCCGAAGUUAAGAAGAGGUCUCUGGCAGAGAUUGAUGAGCUCUUUAACCAGCGAGUGCCCACUCGCAAGUUCCCUAGCUAUAACUGCCAGACAAGACAGCACGACAAGUCUGUACAUAUGACCCCAGAGGAAAAGACUACCAGUCAGGCCGCUGUUUCUCAAGUAUAA